GAGAAACAGAGUGUUUCACAAACCAAAUAAAAUUUACAAAUUUACUGAAUUUUCAUUCGAAUUAAUCGCAAUAAAUACUCACUUGCUUCUUCUUCUUCCUCCCUGAAUCGACAGCAAAAACUGAAACAGAGUUCAGCCAUGGAAAUGAAACUCCACACCUUCUUCUCCUCUGUUCUUAUCCUCCUCCUCUGUUUCUGCCGGCCGGCGUCCGCUCAGAUUUGCAGAAGCUACAAUGGGUUUGCAACCAAUCAAGUGUUCGCAGCCUGUGUGGAUCAUCCAGUGCUCAACACCUUCCUCCAUUGGACCUACAAUCCAUCCAACACCACCUUGAGAAUGGCCUUCCGGCGCCCUUCCACCUCUCCCAAUCAAUGGAUUUCAUGGGCCAUUAACCCACAGGGCCUCGCCAUGUUUGGAUCUCAAGCUCUCAUCGCUUACCGGAAUUCCUCUGCUCUCCCUCAUGUUUACACUUCCAGCGUCGAUCCCCCUGGUCCGACACUGCAACAGAGCACCCUGAGAUUCGCGGUUCCUGAUCUUUCAGCGACUUAUGUGAACAACGAGCUCACCAUUUUCGCAACGAUUCGGCUCCCCUCCAACAUGAAGACCAUUAAUCAAGUCUGGCAGGUCGGUCCCAUGAUCGGAGGCUCUCCAUCUUCCCAUUCGCUCGCCGAAGAAAACAGAGCAUCCAGAUCUAAACUCGAUUUGCUUACUGGAUCCUCCACGGCGGCGGAGGAUACGGUUUUAAAGAAGAGAAACAUUCAUGGGGUUUUGAACGCUGUUAGUUGGGGGACAUUGAUGCCGAUCGGCGCCAUUUUCGCUAGAUAUUUGAGGGCUUUCAAAGGUGCAGAUCCGGCCUGGUUUUACCUUCACGUCGCUUGUCAAUCCUCCGCCUACGCUGUCGGUGUCGCCGGUUGGGCUACCGGCAUAAAACUCGGCAGAGAUUCCACCGCCGUUCAAUACGACACCCACCGCAACAUCGGAAUCACUCUGUUCGUGUUCGGAACUCUUCAGGUUUUCGCUCUGCUUUUGAGGCCGAAGAAGGAUCACAAAUACAGAAUCUACUGGAACGCAUACCAUCACUCGGUCGGAUACAGUGUGAUUGUUCUGAGUAUCAUUAACGUCUUCAAAGGAUUAGAUAUCUUGAGGCCCGAUGAGAAAUGGAAACGGGCUUACACCGGAAUCAUCAUAUUCCUGGGCGCCGUCGCCGUCGUUCUUGAAGUGAUCACAUGGAUCAUUGGGAUCAAGAGAAAGAGAACCAGCUCUGAUGAUAAGUUUCGAAAUAACAAUAAUGGACAAAACGGGGUUUGAUUAUUGAUGAUUUACAUUUUUAAGUGUUUUUUUUGUUUCUUUUGGACUAUUUUUAGAGAUUGGUAGUGAGGUUAUUAUAUUUGUAGAUUUUUUUUUUUUUUUA